AUGUCACUACCAAGUAUUUUACAAACAGAUUCGGAUAACUUCUCAAGUUCAACAGUUUCCUUCCCGAAUGAAGACAAAAACAUUUCACAUAACGAAAAGGAAGUAUAUUCCAACUCCACGGAUUCAGUACUUGACGAUGAUAGUCCAUGGCAAAAUCCAAAUUAUUUUUCCUCUAAAUAUAAAGAAUAUUUUUUCAUAUUUACAUGUAUGGUAGCAAAUCUACUUAAUCAAGCGGGUCAAACACAGGUUCUCUCAACAAUGAAUGUUAUUUCAGAGUCUUUCCAUUCUGAUUCUGGUAAGCAAACGUGGUUAAUGGCCUCGUUUCCUCUGGUUUCUGGUUCAUUUAUUUUGAUCAGUGGUAGAAUUGGUGAUAUUUAUGGUCUUAAAAAGACGAUGAUCGGUGGUUACAUUUUUAUGAUCAUUUGGAGUUUACUCUGUGGAUUUGCUGACUUUACACAUAACGACACCUUUUUUAUUGUCUGUAGGGCAUUUCAAGGGUUAGGCAUUUCGUUCAUUUUACCAAAUGUAAUGGGUUUGAUUGGGAACAUCUAUAAAGUAGGGACUUUACGUAAAAACAUUGUUAUUAGUAUGAUUGGUUUAACCGCUCCAACCGGGGCUUGUAUGGGUGCACUGUGGGGUGGGUUGAUUGUUACAGAGAAUGCCAAGCAAUGGCCAUGGAUAUUUUAUGCUUAUGCCUUAACUGGUCUCGUUAAUCUAAUAAUGGCUCUUUAUUCUGUCCCUAAUUGUAUUCCAACUAACGUUCACAAUUUUGCUAUGGAUUGGAUUGGAUCCAUUAUUGGGGUUGUUGGUUUGAUUCUUUUUAAUUUUGUUUGGAACCAAGGUCCAGUUGCAGGUUGGGAUAAAGCUUACAUCAUUGUAUUAUUGAUUAUAUCAGUGUUAUUUCUAGUGGCUUUUGUUGUUUACGAAUUGAAAUAUCCUAUCUCUCCACUACUACCUGUAGAAGUCACCAAAAAUGGUCAGAUCCUAACAAUUUUGUCUAUUUUAUUCCUGGGAUGGGGGGCGUUUGGUAUUUGGACCUUUUAUUAUUUUGCUUUCCAAUUAAACCUAAGAGAUUAUUCUCCAGUCUGGGUUGGUGGUACAUAUUUCAUGUUUAUUAUUUGGGGUACUAUUGCAGCACUAAUAGUUGCAUUUACAAUAAAAAAAGUAGGUCCUGCCAUUCUUUUGUUUUUCUCUGCCUUGGGUUUUACAAUGGGUUCUUUAAUGUUAAGUGUAACGCCUAUUCAUCAAAUGUAUUGGCGAAUGAAUUUAGGAAUGCAAAUCAUCUUAUGUUUUGGAAUGGAUUUAUCAUUCCCUGCUUCAUCCAUUAUUCUGAGUGAUCAUUUACCCAUGCAAUACCAAGGAAUGGCUGGUUCCUUAGUUAACACAGUGAUUAAUUAUGCCACAUCAUUAUGUUUAGGCAUGGGAACCACAGUUGAACGUCAAAUAAAUAAAAGCGGAGAAGAUUUAUUGAAAGGCUAUCGUUCCGCACUUUACCUUGCAGUUGGUUUGGGCGGUUUGGGUUCCUGUAUCGCAUUUAUUAAUCUCUGCUACACUUUGUGGAUGAAGAGAAGAGAUCGUUUAGCUGACCUAAAAAGUGUAAGUACCGACGAUUCUGUAUAG